AUGCUGAGCCUGUGCCUUCUGUGCGCUCUAGUCUCUGUCCUCUCUGUGCCCGCGGAUGGACAGACAAACCGCUUUGUUAUUGGAUGUCCCCCUCGCUGUGAUAAGUCCAUGUGUCCCCGGGUAGCGGCCGACUGCUCCACGGGUCAGACCCUGGACGCAUGCGGCUGCUGCCCGGUGUGUGCGUCCGGGGAAGGCGAGUCCUGUGGCGGCAGUGGGAAGCUGGGGGACCCGGUGUGCGGAGAGGGGCUGGAGUGCUCUGUGCCCGGGACCGGCGUGGCUUACACCGCUACGGUCAGACGGAGAAGUAAGAGCGGUCUCUGUGUGUGCAAAACCACGGAGCCCGUGUGUGGGAGUGACGGGGUGUCCUACCGGAAUAUCUGCGAGCUGAAGAGGGUGAGCUCCAGGGCGCAGAAGCUCCAGCAGCCUCCGGUGCUCCUCAUACAGAGAGGAGCCUGCGGGAAAGCCCAGGACAAUCCAGACAGCCCGAGACACAAAUACAACUUCAUUGCAGACGUGGUGGAGAAAAUCGCCCCUUCGGUGGUUCACAUUGAACUUUACCGCAAAAUGACUUAUUCCAAGCGGGAGGUGGCGGUGGCCAGUGGAUCCGGGUUCGUGGUUUCAGAAGACGGACAGAUUGUGACCAAUGCUCAUGUCGUGGCCAAUAAGCACAGGGUGAAGGUGGAGCUGAAGAGCGGAGCCUCCUAUGACGCAAAGAUCAAAGAUGUGGACGAGAAAUCAGACAUCGCACUCAUUAAGAUUGACGUACCGACUAAACUUCCGGUCCUUCUGCUCGGCCAUUCCUCGGACCUCAGACCAGGGGAGUUUGUGGUGGCGAUCGGCAGUCCUUUUUCCCUCCAGAACACGGUCACCACAGGAAUCGUCAGCACCACGCAGCGAGGAGGCAGAGAACUGGGCCUUCGCAACUCAGAUAUGGACUAUAUCCAGACGGACGCCAUCAUCAAUUACGGAAACUCUGGAGGGCCCCUGGUCAAUCUGGACGGUGAUGUAAUCGGGAUCAACACUUUGAAAGUCACUGCUGGCAUCUCCUUCGCCAUUCCCUCGGAUAAGAUUCGACAGUUUUUGGCAGAAUCCUACGACAGACAGUCCAGAGGAAGGACAGCUGCAAAGAAGAAGUACAUUGGGGUGAGGAUGAUGACUCUUACACCAGCUUUGGCUAAAGAGCUGAAAACCAGACACAAAGACUUCCCUGAUAUCACCUCUGGAGCAUAUGUUAUGGAGGUUAUAGCAAAGACACCGGCUGCAGUCGGGGGACUUAAGGAGCAUGAUGUCAUUAUCUCAAUCAAUGGACAGAGGAUCUCAUCGGCCACGGACGUCAGCGCCGCCAUUAAGACGGACAGCACACUCAAAGUGGUCGUUCGCCGUGGAAACGAAGAUGCCAUUCUCACGGUGGUCCCCAUGGAGAUUGACCCUUGA